AUGGAAUCCGCAGACAAUCAAUUCCGUGCUGCGGGCACCGGAUCCCCGGAUGUGAUGAACGAUCCGGCUUUCGAUGAGAGGGAAAAGGGGUUCGACGACUUGGAUACUUGCCGUAUCUGCCAUGGCGAAGCUACGAACGAGGAGCCAUUGUUCUAUCCGUGCAAAUGUAGCGGCAGCAUAAAGUUCGUUCACCAGAUCUGUCUGGUUGAGUGGCUAUCACAUUCACAGAAGAAACACUGUGAGCUUUGCAAGACGCCGUUCCGCUUUACCAAACUUUACGAUCCGAACAUGCCCCAGAGCCUCCCCGCGCCUCUAUUCGCAAAGCAAGCGUUGAUACAAUGUUUCCGGACCGUGGUUACUUGGCUGCGGUUUAUUCUUGUUGCCUUUGUAUGGCUGGGGUGGCUUCCGUGGUCAAUGCGCGCCAUCUGGCGGGCCCUCUUCUGGCUUGCAGAUGGUCCCUGGUCCGCGAGCGAAAUUGCUCGAACUCAAGCUGCACAAGCUGCUCAAGAGGGCCUCGGACAGCUGUUCUCAAAUUCCAGUGUGGCAAAUACUGCAGCAGUAGACUCGGUCAGUUCUACUGUAUCUAAUGCAGCUAUCUCUUCCGCAACCGUUGCCCCCACUGCGCAGUCAUCAAUUCUCAAUUUCGCUGCUGGUGAGCCGCUUAUGCUCACUCUCAUCAAAAAAGUGAUUCCCACUUUGUUCAUGCCCGCCUUCACCUCGUCCACCGGAAAUGAUAACGUCCCGAACAACUCGACGACCAGUGCAAGCAAACCCCGCUAUCCGUCAUGGCUAUCGGAUGUGAAAUUUCUCAACAACUUGACGCCCUAUCCUACGAUUAAUAACAUGGUCGUCGACACAUUGGAAGGCCAGCUUAUUACUCUCAUUGUGGUUGUCGCCUUUAUUUUACUCUUCCUUAUCCGCGAAUGGGUUGUUCAACAACAACCCAUGGCGAACAUUGCUGAAGGGGAGCGCGAGGCAGCCCUCCAGCUCAUUGCAAACAAUAGACCAAAUGAAGAAGCUCAAAUGAGACAGCCGGAGCCGGUCUUCCCUCACCAAGAAGACGAUCAUGCUGACGAAUUCGGGCAUCAUGGCAUGGACGAAGAAGAGCUGCCCCGUUUUGCCCCCCCUUCUCCAGCUCCUUCCUGGAGUGAUUCUGAUAAUGGGCAACCUGAUUACGAGGAAUUUGAUAGGCUGGUACAACCAAUGGAUCUUGACAACUCAGAUGAUGAAGGCGAACAUCUUGCCCCUGGUCGUCGUGCCCUGAAUUUCCGCGAUAUAAUGCUUCGUGCCAAUGGAGACCAGGAAGAAAUGCUACGUAUUAUCCGUGAUGAAGCCCAGGGAAAUGAUUUGGACUGGAUUGCAAACGCAAUGACCGCUGUCAAUCCCAAUCAACAACGAGCACAAGAAGCAGGCCCUUCCAAUCGCCCCAACAUCGAUGAGCCAAGAGUUCCAGAGGGUCCUGAUUUUGACGCCCCCCGCCCUGAUACCGCUGCUCAGCCUACCGGCCCAAACCCGGAUCAUGCACCAUCAAACAGAGAUGAUACCGCUCCUGCUCCCAACCGACAAGCGGAUAAUCAGUUCCCACAAGGAUUUACUGAACGGGCCAUUGAUUGGUUUUGGGGGGACAUUACACCUACAGACAACGACAGAGAAGAGCCAGUUCCUGCGGACGAUGAGCACAUUGUUCAGGAUCCGGCUUUGGAAGACCCAUUUGUGCCUUUGCCAAAUCGGAUUGAGGGCGGCGAGCCAGCAGAUGCUGGCAUGGCUGGGGAUUUGGAUGCUGGGAUGGACCCCAACGAUGUGGAAGCAGUCGAAGGAGAUGAUUUCGAAGGAAUCAUGGACCUUAUCGGCAUGCAGGGACCCAUAUUCGGACUUUUCCAAAAUGGUGUUUUCUGUGCCCUUCUCAUUGCCUUCACAGUUGCUAUCGGUAUCUGGCUUCCAUACCUUUGGGGAAAGAUUGCCCUUGUGUUACUGGCCAAUCCUCUCGAACUCAUCAUCGGUGUUCCUAUUACCGCAGUUGAAGUCGUCGCGGAUGUCGCUCUCGAUACUCUUAUCGGCGUCGUUGGAUAUGUCAUGUACUGGUUCAGCUUCGUAUUCAGAGUCUUGCUCAGUCCUUUGAGCACUGUCAUUCCUAUUGGGGAUUGGUUGUCUCGGGACAAGUCUGUCACCAGUGCAUCCCUUUCUCUCAUCGAUGCGAGCAGUCAGCGUCUGAACAAGGUGCUAAAAGCGUUCUUAAUCUUCCACGAAGCAGAUAUCCCCAUGUUCUCUGUUCUCUCUCACCAGGCACUGAAAUUACACCAAGCUCGCCUCGUGGCUUUGUUUCAAUCAGUCUUCGCUAUCGUGAAGUUCAUUUUGCAUGACUUCCCGCUCCGAAUUAUGACUCUUGGAAUUCCUGGUGCACUGUCCUUUGAUAUUGACCUUGCCUAUUUUACGGGAUUUUUCCAGCAGGUUCAGCAACAGUUUAACAAUUUCAUCAGAUCCCCCCUGUUUGCUAUGCCAGGGAAACGGUUGAUGAACGCAAGUGCAGCCAAAGCCGCCUCUGCGAGUGUGCCAGUCGACUAUGACUUGGCUGUUUGGGACUCAAAAGAUCGUGCCAUUGCUAUUUUGAUGGGCUACCUGCUUGCAUCAUUGAUUGGGCUUCUCUAUCUACGCAUCACCGGGCUAAUGGCUGGUGCCAAUCGUGGACAAAGAGCUGAGGGUCUACUUGCCGAGGUACUGAUUCAAGCUGGGGGUGUCAUUAAAGUCAUCCUCAUCAUUGGCAUCGAGAUGAUUGUUUUCCCCCUGUAUUGCGGGAGUCUUCUUGACCUUGCUCUCCUCCCACUCUUCUCCAACACUACAGUGAGCUCUCGGAUUGCUUUCACGGUCGCUUCUCCACUCACAUCACUCUUCGUCCACUGGUUUGUUGGCACUUGUUAUAUGUUCCAUUUCGCGCUGUUUGUGUCCAUGUGCCGAAAAAUUCUGAGAAGCGGUGUUCUUUAUUUCAUCCGUGAUCCCGAUGAUCCAACCUUCCACCCAAUCCGCGAUGUCCUUGAGCGCAGUAUCGCUACUCAGCUUCGUAAGAUUGGGUUUAGUGCUCUGGUUUAUGGUGCAUUGGUCAUCGUGUGCCUUGGUGGUGUUGUAUGGGGACUGCACUUCGCACUCGAUGGUGUGCUUCCGAUUCAUUGGUCGGCUAGUGCUCCUAUGCUCGAAUUCCCGGUUGACCUGCUUUUCUAUAACUUCGUGCUACCAAUGGCGAUUCAAUCAUUCAAGCCCUCAGACGGGCUACAUGAUUUGUAUGACUGGUGGUUCCACAAGUGUGCCCACUUCUUGCGUCUCAGCAACUUUUUCUUCCCUGAGCGACACUUUGAGGAAGAAGGCUACCAUGUUAGGAAGAAUUGGUGGAGUCUUCUCUCGGCAAGCAAGGGAGACUGGGAACACCCUGUUAUCGGCGAUGAGCAACAGGCUGCAGCAGAACAGGAGAACCGUGACGUCUACUUCCUGCGUGAUGGCCGAUAUGUGCGAGCCCCUGCUUCCGAUCAGGUCCGCAUUCCUAAAGGCACCCGUGUUUUCCUGGAAGUCACCGAGGACAAUGAGCGCGUUGAUGGGAACAUUGAUCCUGCCGAUGGGCUACAUGGUCGAUCCAGCACCAAUUUCACCAAGGUCUACAUACCUCCUUCUUUCCGAACUCGGAUUGCUGCCUUCAUCGUCCUCAUCUGGCUGUUUGCCGCCACCACUGGAGUAGGCAUCACUAUUAUCCCGUUGAUCAUUGGUCGGAAAAUUAUCACGUCGUACUCUUCCAGCCCAGUUCCGGUGAACGAUGUUUAUGCUUUUUCCAGUGGUCUCUGCGUGGUCGGUGCGUUCGCCUACCUUGUCUAUCACACCCGCACUGCUUUCCAGCUUGUGCGAGAACAUACAAGUGCAUACUUCCAUUCCCCUCGCCAGGCUGGCCAAAAUAGCUUGGGCCUCGUGAUACAUGUUCUCCAGCUUCUGUACCUUGCUGCAGUUGCAGUUGUCUUACUCCCGUCGCUAUUUGCCCUUUUGACUGAAUUGUACAUUCUCAUCCCGGCACACACCCUCUUCGGCGAUGGAAAGUCGCAUGUCGUUCAUGUCGUUCAAGAUUGGGCAUUGGGAGUGCUGUAUGUUCAAAUGGCCAUAAAAUUGACCGUAUGGCAGCCUCAGUCCUGGGCAGCUGCAGCUCUCAAUGGAAUCUUCCAAAAUGGCUGGCUAAAACCCAAUGUGAAGCUUGCCACUCGGGCCCUGGUCUUGCCGAUCAUCAUUCUCACGACUGCAGCAAUAACUUUGCCCUUGUCUUUCGGAUUCAUCGCCCGUUGGACCGUGUUCUACACCCACGACAAGGUGCAGCCCAACAUAUACCGCUAUGCCUACCCUAUUACACUCCUCAUUAUACUGUCUGUGUGGUCAGUCAAUCUGGUGAUGCGUAGAGUGGCAAUCUGGCGCACUAACAUUCGGGAUGAAGUUUAUCUUAUUGGGGAGCGGUUGCACAAUUUCAGCGAAAAGCGUGCGCGAGAUGUCGGUGUAUCGCGCCGGGUCAUGACAUGA